GCCGGCGGCCGCGAGGGACCGGGUCCGCGGCGGCAGAGCCGCCACCUCGGUGGGGAGGAAUCGCGAUCCCGCCAGGCAGAGUGCAGAAGGCCGUUGCCGAGCAGGAACUUCUGGGAGCGGUGGCAGAGCUCAGGGAGGGAGUGCAGGAUGACUCAGCAGGGAGCUGUUCUUCAGGGUUACAAUAAUGAACUAGUGAAAUGCAUUGAAGACUUAUGUAUGCAAAGAGAAGAGCUGAACAAACAAAUCCAGCAAGCAGAAGAAGAAAGGAAUAAACUCCAGCAUGAAAUUCAAGUCCUGAGUGAACAGCUGGAGCGUGUAUGUGAAAACCUGGCCCAGAAGGUGGCUUCACGGAAUGAGCUUGAUAAAAUUCUUGCUGAAACUGAAGCAGCUUACAUGAAGAUUUUGGAUAGUUCUAGAACUUUACUUAAUGUCCUGAAGAAGGAAGUGGGAAGCUUAAGGCAUUCACCAGAUCUGAAACCCAAUGUAACGUGAAACAGUCAAAUGUUUGGACUCUACAGUGCUAAAAUUCCACUGGGUGAGAACUGUGGUUAGCCACGGAACCUUACAGCAACAGUAUAAGCGGAAAGGGAUUUUCUUCCAGCCUUUCUGUAUGUUUUAUUACUAUUACUUUUAAAUGCACUAGAAAAUAGAUUAAAUAAAGUUGCUGUUUUGCUUUAAAAAAUCUAGUUACUUAAACACUACAACAUUAUAUUUCAAAGAGGUAGUUGAGGCAGAUAAGAGACUGUCAGUUUUGACAUGGUAGCGCUUCAAGACUUCCAAAGACAGCAAAAAAAAAGUCAUGUUUUAUUAGUUGGCUUCAGAUGGCUACUGGUAGAUUCCUGUUAGAAAACUAGUGGAUACAAGUAGAUCAGAUACUACUUCUUUUUACUUUACAAAUGGUUAGGCUUUACUGUUGAACCAAGUAGAAAUUAACUAUUUAGCUUUCUCUAGGAGCUUGGAGUUCUGUCUGAUGCAUGCACAAAGACAGCCUUUCUUUACUAUCAUCUCCUAUCUGGAAUAAUGGAGGGACAAGGUAAGGAAACAUGACUAAUGCAGAGCAUGGAGGCUUAAACUGUAAGACUGUAUGUGAUUCAUGCAUCUUCUGAAGCUGUUCUCAAAAGCUUUGUUUAGGAAGGAGAUGUGCUGUAGUGGAAGACAGGUUUGGUGCAAGUGCACAUGCCUCCAAAUGCAGGGCACAGCAACAGAGGCAGCUACACUAUAUAAACCUGGACCAAUAACUCAUGGGUAAGGAAAAGGUGACUAUUUCAAUAGUGACUAGAAGUCCUGAAAAAGUUACUGGAGUUCAGUUAAAAAUAUAGAGAUAAAUACAAGGCCAAAGAAGACAAUCCUGGCUAAAAGCUAGUAAUAGAAUUUCUGGAAACCCUUUUAGUGCCUUUUAGCUCUAUACUGAUGUAUUAAAUAAUUUUAAUAAGGUUGUAAAGAAUAGUGAACAUCCUGGAAUGGUGAGAAAUAAAUACAAAUGAAAGAUGAAAAUGAGAAGUGGUUUGCACCUUGUCAGGCAUUCUCACAGGUGACAUUAAAGUAGAACUUAGUUUAGAGAUCAGGGAGGACAGCAAGGCAGAAAUCUUCAUUUAAUCCUGUUUUCUAUUCCUGGUGAACCUCUCUGUAGUUAUGUGCUUGUACAUACACGUGCAUUUUGUCCUGCACAUUUUCUGUUAUAGCGGUAACUUUUUAAGUUGUAGUCAAAUCUUCAUUCAAUACCAAUUAGCUAAAUUGAAAGAAGUGCAAUUGUGAUCUCCUUACUUGAUAAUAGUGUGUCUCUCAGGUGCAAAUAGAGAGGACAGUGUAGGUGUGAAUAGUUUAAUAGCUCUUCCCAAAUCAUAGGAAACAAAUUUUAUGUUCUGGUUGCCAUGCUACAUCAGGGAUUAGUGUACCAGGCUAAUCACAGUUUACUUGUAUGGCAUUUCCACUGGCUUUCCUCGGGUAAUGCUGAGGUGAUAAAAUUAGAUAAUCUCAGGGCUACUGCUGCUGUUGCAGUACCACAGCAUUCAGGACCCCCUUGUUUGUGUUACAUAAAAAUUUUGCUAUGUUUAGUAGCAA